UUUGAUUCAUAAAAAUAACUAUACAUUAAAUACUUUACUUGUCAUAUCUAGUACGAGUAUUAUUUCACACACUGAUAAUCAUGGUUUUGUUAAACAACACAUUAGAAUUACUAAGACCUCUCGUAGAAACCAAAGCUUGGAAUUACUGCAUUGUUUGGAAGUUUACUGAUAACCCUUCAAGGUAUAUUGAGAUGGUUGGAUGUUGUUGCAUUGGAAGUGUUUGUGAAAAUGUCAAAGUGGAAAUGGAACUAUAUAAUACUUUCAUUUGCAAAGAUACUUACAUUCAACAUUCUAUAAGGACAACUGCUUGUGAAAAACUUGCUCUUAUGCCUUUUUCUUUGCCGUUUUAUGAUGGGAUUCAUGGUGAAGUUGCUAUGUCUAAACAACCUUUUUGGCUAAGUAAUGAUAUAAGUGGCACUCAACUUAUAAUGCCUGUUGAUGGUGGUCUAAUUGAGCUCUUUAGAUCAAAACAUGUUCCUGCUGAUCAAAGGAUGAUAGAAACCUUUAUUGGAUGCCUGGGUGACAUUGUGGAUCAUGGUUUCUAUAAAGAAGACCUGAAAACGAAUCUGAAUUCUCAUCCUUACCAUGAUAGUGCUACCACACAAGAGCCCGUUAACCCGGUUCCACUAUCAGUUAUAUAUCCUGAAAUCCAAGGGUCCCCAUCAGGUUCAAAUCAUCCUCAUUCUGUGGACUUCUCUCAUGGGCUAAGUGAUAGCAAGAUUGGUGGGUUAGGUGAUGGAACAGAAGUUAUGAUGGUGAAACGCAAGAAAGUGAAAGAAAAACCCAGGUCAAACAAUCUUAUUGCUGAAAGAAAGAGAAGGAAACGAAUCAAUGAUGCUCUUUAUGCUCUACGUGCUUUAGUCCCCAAAAUUUCAAAGAUGGAUAAAGCUUCAAUACUUGUAGAUGCAUUUGAAUACAUCAGAGACUUGCAGAAGAAUGUGGAGGAACUUCAAGAUGAGCUUAAGGAACUGGAAGAACAAGCUGACAAGGUGAAUGAUGAUGAAAUGGAGGUGGAAGUCGAAGUCCACAAAAUUGGUGCUCAGGAGCUCUUGCUUAAACUGAUUUGCAGCCACAGGCCCAGUAGGUUUCUAAAGAUCAUGGAGACUCUUGAUUCCUUGGGACUGCAAGUAAUUGAUGCCAAUAUAACCACUUGCAAUGAUCGUAUGUUGAACAUUCUAAAUGUUGAGGUUAAAGGGAAGGGGGUGGUGGCCAACAGUUUAAAAGACUCGUUGCUUACCUGUUGGCGUCUUUGAAACUUGAUCAAAGCUAGAUAAGAGGCUCUUGAUCCUGUAGUUUAUACUUACGGUCACUUGUGGAUGUUGGUGUAGUGUCUAAGCCAAGAUUUUGGGAUACUUGGUUUUUUGAAGUAUUAGAACCAAGAACAUCAACACUACAAUUAUAGUGGUAAAAUAGAAUUACUAUGUAGUGUAUUAACAUGGCACGAGUAAUUAGGAUUGCAUGAAAUUUUAUUCAGGCGAAUCUUACCCUGAUAACCAGGUGAAUAUAUAAGACCCUCCCAUUUACGGAAGUGUUUCACUAA